CAUAUCCUCUUCCUCCAACUAAUCCAUGUCACAUGCUCCUCCCAUUCACUUGUGGACUGUGAUCUCACAUCUUCCUUUCUAACCCCGACUUCCUCCCCCCUCUCCCCAGCACUCAACUCCCCUUUUAUACAAGUACAGAAAAAGUGUAACACACACACACACACAAACACAAACACAAACACACAGAGAGUUAGGUGUAAGUAAAGUCUAACGAGUUUUAAAGAAAGAUCUCGACACACACACACACACACACACCCAUAUUAAAGAGGAAGAAAGGGGGAAUAAAAAGAUUGAACGACUCUCAAACGUUAGCGAAACAAAAGAGGAUGGCUGGUUUACAAAGAUCUGCUGUAUCAUUCAGAAGACAAGGCUCCUCAGGUCUAGUAUGGGAUGACAAGCUUCUAUCAGGUGAAUUGGGUCAGCAGCCGGCGCAACCCACCAACCAAAGAGAAGACCACCACCUCCUUCACUCCGGGACUACUGAUAACAGCGACAAGCAGCCUCGACAAGAAAUACUACAAGCCCAACCCCACGGCCAGCAAGAAGCCAAAGAAGAGGUCGCCGCCUCCCGGGUUUCACCAAGAACCGUUGUUGGAUCGAUUGAGAGGAGCCGAUCCAACGGCGGCGGACCCCGUUAUCGCACUGGUAGGGUGUCUCCGGCGAUAGAGCCGCCGUCUCCGAAGGUUUCGGCAUGUGGGUUUUGCACUUGCAGUGCUUUUGGGAAACCACCACCUGAAAAGACUCGUCGGAGACCUCCCAAGCAUGCCGGUAAGCGUACGAUGUGAUUCGGAUGUUUCAGUGUAUAUGUGGGGAGUCAUUUAAAGUUGGUGUUUUUCCGGUGGCCGGAGAUGGGACAUUCUGGUGGGGCGGGGCCUCCUAUUUAUGGGAUUAGGUUGUAGGAGGCGUCGGUUGUCAGAUGUCCAGUUGUUCAGCUGAACAGAAAGGAUGAGGUGUAAGAAUUUUUGGAGCUAAAAACUAAAACAAAAUUAAUGCUUUUGUCUUUUUUUUUGUGGUUAGUUUCUGGACCAGGUUGUUGUACUCUUGUAGACUGGCGGGGGGGAUAAUUCUGUUUCUUCUGCUGGAUGUAAUAUGUGAAUAUUGUCAGAAAUAUUUCGGAGCAUUUGUUAAAGUUGUUUUCAGUGUACAAACUACGAAACAAAUGUAGUAGCUCAAUUCAGAAUCUUUCCAGCUU